GUUUCUCGUUUCUCGGCCAUCCUGAAUCCUCGAGUCCUCCUCAAGUCUCUCAAACACACUAGGGCCUUGGGACCUCAUGGAUCUGACAGCUCGAGUGGCCAAGUGUCGCCGUUGUCAUCCAGCACAGCCCGGAUGCCGUGUGCCAAGGCCCCCCACGCCCGGUCUGUUGUCUCCGAGCUGUGUCACCGGACCGUCGCGUCACUGCUAGCAACUUGUGGUGAGCAUGAUAACUUGCGCGGUAUAUAAGGAGUGCGAGUUGGACGACAACGCCUCGUUCGUUCUGACUGUUCACGACCAACCUUCGAGAGUAACCCCGAGUCGCAUCCACACCCUCAACCUCCACUCACGAUGUUCGCCCUCGCUAGCCUGCUCACGCUCUUCGCCGCCUCCGUGUCGGCCAUGCCAGCUUUGAGCGUUCGCCAAACCGGUGCUACGUGCACGGGUCUGCCAGACGGCUCGACCGACACGCCGGCGUACAACUUCACCCUCGCAGCGUACAACACCUCGUUGCCGAACGCCAACAGCACUGGUGCCCCGCUCGUCCUCGGCUGGGGACGUCCGGGCACGAGCCCUGAAGCGAGCGAGUGGGCCGUCUCGACGUACGCCGCGUGGGGCUCGAACGACUGGCCGUACUUCACGCUCACGGGCGGUGCGCUCUACCCCAUCCCGGGCCCCAACGAGUCCGGCCUGGACGCGUAUGAUUUCGCGCUCCCCUCCGGAUACGAGGUGGCCUUCCUCGUUAUGAUCCACGAGUCCACCCCGGUGGUCCCUUCCGUUUACUGCGCUGCCGCGGACGGUGACUCGGAGUACGCGAAGCUCGCGGUGAACAACGAUGUGGACAGUUUCUCGUUGUGCAAAGCAACGACCGCCCAGUUUACGAACGUCGUCCUCGUGUAUCAGGCCGAUGCGAACGACACAUUCUACGACUACAGCACAUGUUACCCCGUCCAGGUCAAUAUCGUACCCUAUGAGGCGUAAUCAUCUUUCACUCUCAUUCCUUCCCCACACCCUAUCACGGACUAAAUGGACUAAAUGUGGACUUCCGCGGGCUCAAUCAUACAUGGCCGGCUUUCUUUGCUAGGGGUACUUUGGAAAUAGUGUAUGAACCCUCGUAUAAUGUACACAAACUUGUUCAAAUCAGGAUCUGAGCGUACAUAACAGAGUUGAGUAAGAUUUGUCAUCGCGGUACUACUGGCGGUGUCUUGUAGUACGUCGAAG